GAGAAGACGAGCGACACGUGUUUGUGUGAGAGCGAGAUCAACCGGAAACGCGAGAGAGUAGCAGUCCGGAGAACCACCCGUCAUGGCUGAUGAAGUGAGCGAGCUGCUGGGUUUCAUGUCCUUGGACACUCGCCUGGAUGUGCGCAGCGCCGCCGUCGACCUCGUCCUGGGCCUGACCGUUUCCCAGGACAAGAACGUGUUCUUCAAGACAAACCGCGAGUUUGUUCCGGCACUCUGCACGAUUGUCAAGGAGGACCGGCAAGUGGUGAUUGUCAAGGAUGCGGUGGCAGCCUUGAUCAACCUGGCCCACGAUGAGGACUUGGCUAGCAUUGUGAUUCGCGAGGGUAUUGUAGAGGCCACCACCAAACACAUUCUCGACCCCGAGGAAACGUAUCCCGACCCCUUUUGCCUCUUGCUGGUCAACCUCACGCGUCACAACGAGGCGGCUGAACGUCUCUGCCACCAUACGGUUGACGAAAAGCCGGUUGUGCACGAGCUCGUCCGCGUCUUUUGCCUGGCCGACAAGUUUAAUGAGAAUGGCAAUCUCGAUCAUUUGGCCAACGUCCUCUUCAACAUUACACAGACCUCGGAGGGUCGGCGACUCGUCAUGGCCCGCACCAAUGAAGGUUGCGUGAUUCAGCGCCUGCUGCCCUUUACGCAGUAUGUGGACUCGCGGAUACGUCGUGGCGGUGUCAUUGGAGCGCUCCGCAACUGCUGCUUUGAGUACCAGGAUCACGAGUGGCUGCUGAGCCCCGAGGUGGAUUUGUUGCCGUACCUCUUGCUGCCCCUGGCCGGCCCCGAGGAAUUUGAUGAUGAGGACAUGGACGGCAUGCCAGAUGAUUUGCAGUAUUUACCACCCGACAAGAAGCGCGAUAUGGAUGCGGACAUCCGUAUGAUGUUGCUGGAAGCGCUGCUGCAACUGGCAGCCACCCGAGGCAUGCGCGAGCAAAUGCGCCGCAACAAGGUGUAUCCCAUCCUGCGCGAGUACCACAAGUGGGAGCCGCUGGACGACGUCCGCGAUGCUUGUGAACAGGUGGUGCAGCUCCUCAUCAAUGAGGAACACGACCUUGCCCCCAACCUUCACGAGGUCAACGUGGACCCGACCAUUGCCAAGAAGUUGGACGAAAUCAAGGAAAUCAUUUCGAGCGGCCAAGGGCCCGAAGUGGAACUUGUGCCUGAACCCGAACGCCCGACGGAAACAGCACGGCCGGCGUUGGAGGAUGCCCAGUAGUGUGCGUGUGAAGCAUGGGGAUGUUGCGACGGCGUCUGGGUGCGCCUGUGUUUGCGUCGCAUUGCCUCCAAAACAUGAUGGAAGUUGAAACGUGUUGAUGAGGGAAGGUGAAACCGUGUUUCCGGCUGUGGCAGCGGGGUGUCGCUGAGACACAAUUCCAAAUCGAUUUUGUUUGUUCC